GAAGUAUUAGCCAAGUAUGAAAACCAGAUAAACGUGUUUUCGGAGUUCCUUGAAGACUUGCCUGACACAGAUGAACCUGUGUGGGUUUUAGGAGAGUGUUACAAUGCUAAAACAGGAAAGACGGAGCUACUAUCAGACGUCCACUCGCGGUUAUGGUUUACCUACAGGAAAAAAUUCUCUCCCAUAGGGGGAACAGGCCCCUCUUCAGAUGCAGGCUGGGGAUGCAUGCUACGCUGUGGGCAGAUGAUCCUUGCACAGGCUCUGGUAUGCUCACAGCUGGGACGAGCCUGGCGUUGGAGGGCAGAGGGAGGACAGCCGGAGAAGUACCAUCGUAUCCUCCACUGUUUCCUGGAUAGGAAAGACAGCUGUUACUCCAUACACCAAAUGGCUCAGAUGGGAGUUGGUGAAGGAAAGUCUGUAGGAGAGUGGUAUGGCCCAAACACAGUUGCACAAGUGCUCAAGAAACUUGCGCUAUUUGAUGACUGGAAUUCUCUUGCUGUGUAUGUGUCAAUGGACAACACCGUGGUGAUCGAGGACAUCAAGAAGCAGUGUCGCCAGGCAAGCAGUGAGAGCAGAUUGCGGCCGAGACCCUGUGGCUGGCAGGAACCCUUCACCUCUCGGGAAACACCAGAACAAGCCUGUUCUCACACGGAUGGGAACAGAGCCACGACGUGUCCACAUUCCCAGUCCCAUUCUGACUGGAGACCCCUACUGCUGGUCAUACCACUCCGCAUGGGAAUCAACCACAUCAACCCUGUAUACAUCCAGGCCCUCAAGGAGUGUUUUAAAAUGCCACAGUCCUGCGGUGUGCUGGGAGGAAAGCCCAAUCUGGCCUAUUACUUCAUCGGCUUUGUAGGAGAGGAGCUGAUCUACCUGGACCCCCACACCACCCAGUCAGCCGUGGAGUCAGAGGCUGGCAGUGGAGUGGACGACCAGAGCUACCACUGUCUGAGGAGCCCACGUCGCAUGAAGAUCACCAACCUGGACCCCUCUGUGGCCCUGGGAUUUUUUUGUAAGAGUGAAGAUGACUUUGACAGUUGGUGUAACCUGGUCCAGCAGGAGAUUCAGAUGAAGAGGAACCUGAGGAUGUUUGAGCUGGUGGAGAAUCACCCGCCCCACUGGCCCCCCUUCGUUCCUCCCACCAAACCAGAGGUUCAGACCACAGGGGCAGAGUUCAUCGAAUCGACCGACAAGCUGUUUGAGUCUGAAGAGGAGUUUGAGAUCCUCAACGUGUGAGCAGCCUCCCUUUCGCUCCCCUCCGCUCAUUCCAGUGGAUGAUGGUGAUUGGGUAGAUUACCUUGGCUCCCAUGUUCCAUACUGUGCUGUAGAAGUGCCUCAGAAAAACACCAAGCACAAACUGCUUACCACUUUCCAAAAAAACACUAACAACCCAGCAAGAGACAAUAAAAACUAGGAAAGAUCCUAGACAACUUGAGACAGAAUUUGUUAUUUUUUACUUUUUUAAAUUAUUUAUAUUUCUUAAUUUUGGGGGGGAUAAUACUUUUUUUAACUGCAUUGUUUAAGGGCUUGUAAGGUCUACACCUGUUGUAUUUGGCGCAUGUGACAAAUAAAAUUUGAUUUGAAGUCAGGAACAUGGUGUAUACAGUAAAUACAAGCUUGGACUGUCUAAUUUUUAUGUUGUAACCAGGAAACAAAGCCAGAGACCAUGGUUGUCUCUACAUGAAACAGGCUUUCUUUGUCUGUGUUAGACUUGUUUAAUGAACAAGAGAGACGGAAGACCGUUCAGAUGCAUGAACCGCAUUGUACUGUAAGAUGUACAGUGAGACUACACCUCUGCUGCAGCAGGGAAAGGACCUAGGUGAAGACAGGCACGAGGAUAUGUCUGAAGAAGCUAUUUCCUCAGCACGCACUACCUCCUGACGCCAGGAGACAGAAAUAUGCAGACAGUGUUAAAAUACAAAACAUACAACUAAUAACUUGUUUAUUAAGAAAAGUGCCUCUGAAAUAUAUUUGUGUUCAAUGGUUGGGGAGGGUAAGGGUUUUCCCAAGGUGUGGGAUGUGGAACACUCAUGUAAAUA